AUGGAUUAUUUGCCAUAUUGCUAGAUUCAUGAUCAACCAAUUAUUUUUUUAGAUCUAUAACCAAAAAUAUCUAAAGGGAAAAGAGCCCUUUGUAGAUUUUGUGAACUAAAUGGACCAACUCCAAUUGAAAUAGCUUUAGGUAUAAAAAAAAAAUAAAUAAAUUCUGAAUUGGAAUAAUACAAUGAAUAUUUUUCAAGCUUUUUGUAUUCAAUUGAAAGAACAAUAAAAGAUUUGGACACUGUGAGAAGUUAAUUUUCGAAGAAUAUCGAAUAAUUAGAAGAAAACCUAAUUAAAGAGAAAGAGAAAUUACUUUAAGAAAAAAAUGAGGUUAUAUAAAAUUUGAAGUUGGAUUUUUAGUGUUUAACUAUUACUCAACUUUAAAAUAUUGGAGAAGAAUUAAGUCAAAAGAAUCCAUAAAACUCAUAAAACUUUGAAAAGAAUAAAGAGAAAUUUGAUCAAGAAAUUAAUUAAAUUAUGAAAUGCAAAGAAUUAAAAAUACUAUCAGAUAUAAUAACUUUAUAAGAUAAAUUAACACUAAUUUUAAAUCAAAAAGAAUCAGAACCAAAUCAAAAUAAAGGUUUUAUCGAAUAUAGUCUUAAUAAAGAAGAACUAUAUUUGAAGUAGAAAAAUCAUGUAUUAUUGAUAGGUGGCAGUGGGAGUGGUAAAACAACUCUAUUUAAUAAAAUCACUAAUUCAAAUUUAAAUGUUGAAUAAGGAUAAUCAAUUACUAGCGAUAUCUAUAUUAAAAACUCAUAAUAUGGAGAAGGAUUUACAUUAUUUGAUACACCUGGCUAUGUUAAUUAAGGAAUGUAUCUCAAAACAUUACCAGCAUAUUUAUAUACAUUAGAAAACUUUGAAAUUUCUAGAAUAGUUGUUGUUAUUCGUUUUAAUCGUUUAUAUAAUACAAUAGAUUCUUAUGACGAUAUAUUAACUGUAUUUUAAAGAUAUAAAGAUAAAAUUACAAUAGUGAUUACUUUUUUUGAUUAAUGUAUUAAGAAAGAAUAUGUUUAAAAUUAAAUAAUAUCUUAAUUUUAGUAACACAACAUCAAAUCUAUAAUUUUUACUUAAAUUUAGGAUACUGGUGAAUCACUCUGUAAAUUAUUAGAUACUUAGAUAAAAUCUUCUUAUCAAUAAAAAAUUUAAUUAAAAGAAACUGAAAUUAUCCAAAUAUUGAAAUUGGAAGAAGAUAAAAAUUGUUAAUGUGAUAUAAAAGAUAAAGAAUAUAAUUUAAUUUGUAAAUUAAAAAAAAUCUUAAAACAACCAGAAAUGAAUAAAAUUGAUAAUAUUUAGUAAUUUUAGAGUUCUCUUGAAUAAAUUAUUUUAUAAGUAAUAAAAACUAAUUUUUAAAUGUUUUAAAGAAUAGAAAAAAAGUAUGUUAAUCAAUUUUAAGAGUUUUUAUAUUUAUAAAGUUUUAUCAAUUUUACAAAUGGUUAGAUAAAAUAAAUUUUAAUUGUAGCUGAACAAAAAAUAAAUAAGAUUCAAUGGGACUAAUAGAAAAUUAGUAUUUUUUUAUAUAAAAUCAUUAGAAUUGCAAAAGUAUAUAAAUAAUCAAAUGAUUUCUUAUGAUAAUAGUUUGGAAAUAGCUCUUUAAAAAUGCAUAAAUAUGUUUAAGUCUAAUGUUAAAAAUGUAAAAUUCUAUUAUUAUUAGGAUAUUCAUUAUUGA